AUGAACACAGACCAAGCACACGCCCAGUACAAGAUACAACUGCUCCUUCACAUUAACAGUGUCCUGCUGGCACGGAUCAACCAAAUGAACGCGAGUCCAGCGCAGUUUUCUGUAGAACAACAGCAGAGCAUCGCGGCUCAAUAUCUCAAGCGCGUUCACGCAAACCUCCAGUGUAUUUCACAGCUCAACCAAGGCGUCCAAAAAUCUAAACCAACGCUGCUGGACUCACCACAGCUGCCGAUGCAGCAGAACUCCCAGGAUGUCCUCGCCAAACUCUAUCUUUUGACUAACCGCGUGUUUGAAGUGUGGUGA